GGGUGGGGGCAGGAGUUGGCGAGGAUGAGGUGAGGCCGCGCGCUCCUCUCCGCCGGCCUCUUUCUCCGCCCUUCCCGUCUCCCGGGGGAUGAGCCUCCGCGUCUGCCCGCCCCCAUCCUAGGGCGGAGGCCUCGCGCACCGCCCAGACUCGGCGCUCGGGUGCGGGGUCUUCGCCGCCGCCCGCUCCCUCCCGCCCUGCCGCGGCCCCUGGGGCAGCCGCUCCGGCCCGCGGUUCCGACAGAAGCCCGCGGCGGGUUUGCUCCACAAAGAUGAACUGGACGGCCGCGACGUGCUGGGCUCUGCUGCUAGCCGCCACCUUCCUCUGCGACAGCGGUGCGGCCAAGGGAGGCCGUGGAGGGGCUCGCGGCAGCGCCAGGGGAGGGUUGCGUGGAAGCGCGCGCGGGGCCCCGAGGGUGCGCGUGAGGCCGGUGCCCCGCUACGGAGGCUCCUCCCUGCGCGUGGCGGCAGCGGGGGCGGCGGCCGGGGCUGCCGGGGCGGCCGCGGGCCUGGCAGCGGGCUCCAGCUGGAGAAGAGCCCCGGGCCCGGGGGAACACGACCUGGAGGACGAGGACGCGGGACCAGGUGGCAACAGAACGGGCCAAGGCGUCUACAGCUACCGGGCAUGGACUUCCGGCGCGGGGCCCACCAGCAGCCCCCACCUCUGCCUGCUGCUGGGCGGCGCUCUUGGCACCCUGGGGCUCCUGCGGCCCUAGGCCCUGCCGCGCUUCGGCAAGAUCUGGCCCCCAACCAGUGCCCUCCGGCAGGCCUCUCCAACCUGCCCCAGAGACCUCCAGCUGCUGAGCACCCCCUUCCCACCGCUGCCCACUGCCUCUGAACCAGGGAGCCCAGUUCCACCUCUCACCCAGAGGCGGCCUCCUGCUCACAGCCCUCCACAGCCUCUGCAGCUUCCCCAUUUCUCACCCUACCAGAGGCCCAGGGCCCAUCAGCUCCAGGAUGCCCCACCUACCACCAGGUCAGGGUCCUCCCCAGCCAGAAACGUGGUGCCUGUGCUGCCGUGACCAGCAGUCCAGCAUCUCUCCCCAGCUGCCCAGAGAGAUGUGCCAAACCAGGAUGUUCAAGCCAUCCCAGCUCCCCUGACCCCAUCCUGGACCCUGGAGGGGUGUGGACAGUGCUGACCACCAAGCCAAGAGGUGGGCCCUGAGGACACUGUGGCCCUCCCCCACAGCAGCAGCCAGUACAGACUGAAGGCCUAGUGGCUCUGGGGAAGAAGAGGUUUCUCUCACAGGUUCUCGUGUGCCUACCACCUGUCCGCAAAAGGCAGUCUGGGGAUUUCGGGGCCCACACGUGCCCAUCAUGGGUUUCUGGAUAAUUCCCAGGGCACCCCUGCCACAGCAGCUGCCCCAGAGCCUUGCCAGCCCACCCUUGGGCCCAGAGGCAUGCUCCCUCCCUGGACACUCUCAAGACCAUGGACCCAUUGGGGCCACUGCUCCCACGUGGAACAAGUCACUCAACUCUUCUUGGGACCUAUUUUAGGGGGAAAAAAACCACAUUGUUUAACUUUCAAGAGCUUUUCCUUUUCUUUAAGGUUUAGGUUCACAUUCUGGAAUCAGUGCUCGCUGGUCCUCAGGGACCGCACGGCCGCUCCCACUGAAGAGCUCUCCCAGGACAGCCAGCCGUGUUUUGGGCAGAUCAGCAGCAGGCAGCCCCCCCGGGGAAGGGGGGUGUGAAUACGGCCGGCCCGAUCUCAAAUCGGAACCAGCAACCAGCAUGGCCACGAGGCAGGUCCCUGGAGGCGGACGGCGGCCAGGCCCAGCACCCGGCAGGCACAGCCAGUCGCGAGAGUGCUUGGGCUCAGCAAAGCAAGCCCCCCCCCGCCCGGAAGCCGAACCCCCGCCAACACCGAGCAUCUGAGACCGUGCUGGGGCCAGGACAGACUCCCCGAGAGGACUCUGAGGAAGCGCCAGGUGGGCCCAGCAAGGGUUUGCCUCUGGCGCCCCAGUACCCUCCGCAGAAAGCCGGUCCUUUGGUUCUCAGGCGCCCAGAGGCCCGUUUCCCUCAAGCCUCAGGCCUGGGUCCCGGUCCACAAGCCCUGGGGGUCUAGGCUCUUUACCACUUCCUCCACCCCAUGUCCCACAGCAGGACAACCUCCCAGGCCUAGACCCUCUGGAUCGCCCCGUCCUUCGGUGCUCACUGAAAGCCUCACCUGCCACUGGGCUGCCCCCCAGAAUAUGCCCUCACACCCGCCCCUGGACCAUGGGGCCUUCGGACUCAGCUGACCGAUGCCAGCACCUCCCAUGGGGGAGGGGGCGGGAGGGCCUGCCCGCUCUGCUUUCCCGCAGCUGACACACAGGUCUGGUUAGGGUGAGGGUCUCCAAGCUACCAGCAGAACCCUGGACCAAGCAUCGCUCUCCAAGGCCAGGACCCAGAGCUGCAGGACACAGCUCUGCCUGUACCCACAGCGCCAGCCUUCUGGGGGCACAGCAGGCCCCGACGCCACGCCAUCCAUUCUGGAUCACACCUGCUGCGACCAAAGACCAGCACGGCGGAGCCCUGCCUGGGGCCUCAGGAGGCCGUGCAACCAGCCUGCCGCCGCACCCUUCGGGCAGGACAGCCUUGCACAGGGACUCAGCUCUAUCUGAGGGGCCAGGAGCGGGGGCCCAGUCAAGAGCUGGGACGCCCGAGUCAAGAGCUUCCACACCAGCCUGACUCCAGGAGUGUGUCUGGCAUUCGGCACCGCCGCACGCUGGCGUGCUUCCCGCGCUACUGGUCAGGGUUCCAGCGGGAAGCAGACAGUGCCCGGGGCCGGUCUCCUCAGGAGAGGCCAGUGUGUGCGCUCCGGGAGUGGACACCUGCAGGAGGGGAGGUGCCCCACAGACACUCUGGUGUUUCCAGGAAGGCCACACCCCCACGGGACACCAGGUCCGCCCGGCCCCCUCCUUCCUCUGCCCUUUGCUGGAAUGCAGGCUGGUAGCUCCAGGUCCGUGGGGAAGAGUCCCACCGACCUGUUGGCUUGAAGGUGCUCGGAGGCAGCAGGAAAGCUCUCGAGUCUCCACCGACCACACCAGCGACCAUCGCAGCCCGUACGCGGCUGGGGACAGACCGUCCGUGGGUUCUGCCACGGAUCCUGGAACCUCUGUCCGUUUUGUGUGCACAUUUUAGUCGUGUCGUGAAAUAAACACUCUGUUGGCAAA